UCGACGCAGGUAAGACAAGUAUGCAGCGCCGAUGACGUCAUGUGGACAAAACGCCGAGGUGCCCGUACCCGUGACGGUCAGCCAGCCAGCUCGUGCUGCGGUGUGUGUCCGGACCGCGCUCCCUGCUGCGGGGGAAACAACACCCACUCCAGCUGAAGCCUGUUCCAGAGGGAGGGGGCUUGAUACGACAAGGCUCCGGCCCAGGGUGUCUUCUUUCAGCUGCAGGGAAUGACAACAAACCCUGCAUCAUGUGAGGGGAGAGUAUGGAUGAGCUUGGCACCAGUGAGGAAAGACCAGGACCAGGUUGCAGAUCUGUGAACUGUUGAGAUGGAGGAAGCGUACAUGGAGCUGUACCGGGAGUUUCUUCGCCUGAGGUCACUGUGCCUGAGACAGGCAGCUCUGUUGCAGCAACUCACAAAAGCACUGCAGAAACAGCAAGGUUCAGCAGGUACCUUUCUUCCAAAUGGAGAGCUGAGCGACAUGGUGUCCAUCCCUGUCCAGUGCUCCCAGGACGGCCCCGCGCGUCUCCUGGAAGAUCCGGGGCCACUGGUAAGCACAGCACAAAACGCUACAGCACAGCAUGGCAUCGAUCAUCUCUCCAGGGGAGCGGCUCCUUUCUCUGAUCUCCUUGCUGAGGAUAUGAGUAAACUUUGUGUGGAUGAGCCCUGUCAAAGAAAAGAAGACAGGAAGACGGAGCACAAAGAGCCACCCGUCUUCGCCCUGGAUUUCCCUGGGUGGCACAAAGCUUCUUCCAGUGAAUCCAAACCUCCAAGGCAAGCAGGUCUCUAUGUGGGGGACAGGAUGCCGCAAACAUUUAUGGUGGGGAGACCCUUCCUGGACAAUGACUGUCUGAACCAAGCAGGAGGGAUGCUGAUGUCAGGUCUGGUUUUGGACUCUCAUGUUUGUGAAUUCUGCCAGGCCGUUUUCCCUGAUAACGCCACCACCAGAGGGGAGUUCCUGCGACAUCUCCAUUCUCACAUUACCUAGACAAACACAUUCUUCUUUUCUCACAUUGGCCUCUUGAUGUGUGGGCUAUAUUUUAAUAUGAUAUAGGCCUAUGGCGCGGGCGAAGUCUUUCUUGAAAAUUUACUUCACAGGCUUAUAUACUAAUGGUUUGGUUUUGGUAUUUUCCCGGAAACUGCUUUCAAAUUUACCUCUGCUUGAUAUGCUCAGCUGUCUUUCACGGAUCAACAGUGCAGGUACUAUGUUUUCCAUCAUCUCUGUGUUGGAAAUAUAAAAUGCAUCAAGACACAUGGAAUUCUUUGGCUUCCGUCAUAUGUACAGCUGGUGAUUAUGAAAUAGUAACUCUACAAUACGUUGGUCAAAGAUGGCUCCUAUUCAAAACCUCUUCACAUUCUCUGAAGGGUCAUACUCCAUCCUUCAUCCGCUGACUUCAUCCUUAUUU